GUGCAACUUUCAUUUCCUCUUCAAGAGAAGGCAGAGGUUAUUGGGUUGAGGAAGGAGCUGGUACAGCCCAGCUGGACUCUUGAGCUGCUCUACCAUGAGGUAUGAAGUGCUUUGCUUGGUCUUGCUGGGACUGCUUGUAGCCCAAGGAACAGGGGAAGACUGUCCUCACAAAAAAGCUGCUACUCUCCUGCCAUCCUUCACGAUGACACCUACAGCCACAGAAAGCACAGCAAGCUCUACUACCAGCCACAGGCCCACUACCACCAGUCACAGAAAUGUCACAGUUCUUCCAACAAGUAAUAGCACCGCUACCAGCUCUGGACCCACAACUUCCACUCACAACCCUGCUGUGACCACCAGUCAUGGGAAUGCCACAGUUUACCCCACCACAAACAACGGCACUGCUCCUAGUCCAGGGUUCUCUACCAUCGGCCCUCAACCUGGACCAACUCCACCCUCUCCAAGUCCUAGUCCAGGCUCCAAGGAGGCUCUUGGAAACUACACAUGGACUAAUGGCUCCCAGCCCUGUGUUCAGCUCCAAGCACAAAUUCAAAUUCGAAUCCUGUACCCAACUCAGGGUGGAGGAAAGGCCUGGGGCAUUACUACAUUGAAUCCCAACAAAACCAAGGUCCAGGGGGGCUGUGACCAUGCCUAUCCCCACCUGUCUCUCUCAUUUCCUUAUGGGCGGCUCACCUUUGGAUUCAAACAGGACAUGGAGCAGGGUACAGUCUACCUCAACUACAUGGCAGUGGAAUACAAUGUGUCCUUCCCACAGGCAGCACAAUGGACAUUCUCAGCUCAGAAUUCAUCUCUUCGAGAGCUCCAAGCUCCCCUGGGCCAAAGCUUCUGUUGCAGAAAUACAAGCAUAGUUCUUUCUCCAGCUGUUCACCUUGACCUACUCUUCCUGAGACUACAGGCUGCUCAGCUUCCCAACACUGGACACUUGGGGCCAUGUUUCUCUUGCACCAGUGACCAAUCCCUCUUGCUGCCUCUCAUCAUUGGCCUGGUCCUCCUUGGCCUCCUCACCCUGGUACUUAUUGCCUUCUGCAUUACCCGAAGACGGCAAUCAACCUACCAGCCCCUCUGAGCAUUUGCUCCAAUUCACUCCGGGCCACUAAGGAACAUCCUCAUUUCUUCAACUUACAACUGACUCAAAGUUAUUCUCCUUCUCUGUCUUUAAGAACAAAAUCAGAGAUUUUGUAAUGGGUGGUUAAUAAACAUGAAUGGGUGUCCCACUUCUGAUAACAACAAAAAAAGGAUAUGAAAACUUUA